AUGAUUGAUGACCAGGACUUGGGCUUCUUUGCCAACUUUCUCGGUAUCUUCAUAUUCGUGCUGGUGAUUGCUUAUCAUUAUGUGAUGGCUGACCCCAAAUAUGAGGGCAACUGAAGAGCUUCUCUAAAGUAUCUCUAUAAGUAGAGUAUGCGAUGAGAUUUUCAUGCGAUGGUUUUCUUCACAGAAAAUUUCAGGAAUGAAGAUGCAUUUGAUAUAGUAGGACUUUUUGCGAGACAAUUAAUUUAGCUUUACUGUUAAUCCAUGGAUACCAUUUGAAAAUAGGACAAUUUGGAAAGAAUUUUACCCCUCCAUUUUCUUUUUGCUUGAUGCUAUCUUUAUUGCUUUUCAUU